GUCAUUGAGAAACAUGGCUGCCUCCACCGGAGCUGGAAACGCUGCUGUCUCCGACUCACAAGGUCCAGCUUCGGCUGGUCCGGGUCUGGACAACCCACCCAUUCAGUACAGUAUGAUCCUGGACCAUCUUAUCGGGGACAAGAGGCCCGUAAAGGACCUGAACCCCGCAGUCAUGGGGGGGCUGCCGGUGCCUCCUAAAAGCGAGGAGCAGAAGAUGAUCGAGAGGGGAAUGGAGAGCUGCGCCUUCAAGUCUGUUCUGGCCUGUGUGGGAGGGUUUGUUCUCGGAGGAGCUUUUGGUGUUUUCACAGCUGGAAUCGACACCAAUGUGGGCUUCGACCCCAAAGACCCCCUGAGAACUCCAACAGCACGAGAAGUCCUCAAAGACAUGGGCCAGAGGGGGAUGUCGUACGCCAAGAACUUUGCCAUCGUGGGCGCCAUGUUCUCCUGUACAGAGUGCAUCAUAGAAUCACACCGAGGCAAAUCUGACUGGAAGAACGCAGUAUACAGCGGUUGUGUAACUGGAGGAGCAAUUGGAUUUCGUGCUGGUCUGAAGGCUGGGGUCCUGGGAUGUGGAGGCUUUGCUGCAUUCUCCGCCGCUAUUGAAUAUUAUUUGCGAUGAACCAUUAAAGAGCGGCUCUAUGGACAAGAACUUAAUCGAUGCACAUCUGGAUGAGGCCGUGAAGACUCACGCUGUGAGAAAUCCAACUUUGUGAAUAAUUACCUUCACAUGGAGGAUUGCUGCAAAAGCAGAGCGGACAGAAGUGACACAUUCCUGUUUGUGUAUGUUAAUGCCACAGUGAAUGGAAAAAGACUUGUCUGUGAAUUUUCCUCUCAUGUCUUAUUACUUUCAUCCUGUGGACAGUUUGAGAAAAGCAAACCUACUUCAUAUGGAGAAUCACAACACUCAGCUGAGUGGGUCUGAUUCUGUCAGAGGGAUAAUGAUGAGAUGAAAAUGUUUUACACAGAUCACUUUCACUCUGAGUCACGACCACCACAAGUCAAGACUCAGAUAAACACUGUUCAUCUUGUAGAACAUUGAUAUGAUGCAUCAGUAACUAAUCCACCUCAGAAUUAUUUAUAUUAAAGCUGUUUUU